GAUAACUCAAUGGGACCUUGAAUUGAACUUAACGGAUGAAUUCUAGUCUAGUUGAACUCCCUCCAUCAAUGGGCCCAUUUUUGAGUACACUUUAACAAAGCAUUACGCAAGGGAAAAGAAAAGAAAAGAAGAAGAAUAAAAAAGAAAAAAAAAAGAAAAAAAGAAGAAGGUAUUACCCUCAUAUCUUAUCAGCCACCGACUUUGUGAAUCACAUCGUCUUUUUGAAUUCCCCCACAGUCUUACAAAACUCCGACCGAAACACACAGGCCUCUGCGGCGCCAGCAAACUUCGCUAGUCAGAUUCGGGUUGUAGAAGAACCACGUUAGUUGUUAUCAGGCGGCAUCCUUGCUUGAUUUCGCCUCCGCCACUGGUCGUGAGGUUGCAUUCCCGACUUAUAUUUAGAACGUGCUGCUACGGUGAUUUUACAUCCAUUGUUCGUCCUGCUAGAUAUCUAAAUGGAUGGAGCGAGCGAAUGAGGAGACGAGCCCGGUGCCUCGCCCGCAACCGCUGCCAUCCCCUCCUCUCCAUCCCUCAACGGCAUCCUCCAAGGUCUCAGACACUGAUGCGCUCGUGACAACCUCCCUUUCCAACGGCGUCAGCGUCAGCAAUGGCACCCUCUUUCCGCACGUCCACACUGGGGCCCCUAAAGAUCGCCCGGUCUCCGGCAUAGUUCCGCCGUACUGGAGUCACCAUCGCAAUGCAUCCCGUACCUCUCAGAUCUCUCUCGAACAGCCUGCAAUCACCCUUGAAGACCAUACGGAGGAUCCAGAUUCCGAGACGAGCCGCGGACUAUGGGCUAGGAGCGUAUCAGUAGAUGAUCAUGUUGUCGUCCAGGGGAAAUCCGGUAUAGGUGCAUAUGUGGUGUGGAGUUGUACCAUACAAACCCUCGAGGGUGGUCCCAUCAGUGUUCGUAUGAGGUACUCUGAAUUCGAUGACUUAAGACAAAAGCUGGUGUCUUCAUUCCCGCACGCGAAGAACGCCCUACCAGCUCUACCACCGAAGAGUGUUCUCUUCAAAUUUCGCCCAGCAUUCCUCGAAUCCCGGCGGGUCGGCCUGGAAUACUUCUUGAACUGUGUCCUACUUAAUCCUGAAUUUUCGAGUUCGCCGGUCGUGAAAGACUUUCUAUUUGGACGCAUGUGUUAAUUGCACAUCUGUACUACUUUUAUACACUAACAGAAUCAUGAUGUUACGCCGAUUUAUCUAUAUAUUGCCCGCAGUGAAUGGAGCCCUG